AUGUCUGGGGGCUCAGAGAGUGAUGACUGUGUAACAGCUAAUGGGAGGGUUUAUAUUCCUGAAGUAAGAAAUGAGGAAACACCAGCAGUUGGGAUGAAGUUCGACUCGCUUGACCUCGUUUACAAUUUCUAUAAUAGAUAUGCAUUCUUGGCUGGCUUUGAUGCAACUUCUAGACGGGCGUACGGGUUUUAUGGAGAUGUUGUUGUAUUUGAUACCACAUUCAACACGAAUCGAUACGACUUGACAUUUGCACCAAUGUUGGGAGUUAAUAACCAUGGUCAGACAAUUGUCUUAGCAUGCGCAUUUUUGAGCAAAGAAACGACUGAGUUGUUUAUUUGGAUGUUUGAGGAGUUUAAGAAAGCCAUGCCAGGUGGCGAACCUAAAACGAUCAUUACAGAUCAAGAUGCGGCAAUGACCAGAGCAAUUUCAAUAGCCUUCCCGACUACAUUUCAUCCACUUUGCAUAUGGCACAUCACAUCAAAGUUCUCUGUUAAGUUACCACAUUCUGCUUAUAAGGAGUAUUGGCGUGAAUUUCAGAAAGCCAUAUGGGAUACUGACAAUAAGGAUGAGUUCGAUGCAAAAUGGAAUAUUGUGGUUACAAAGGCUGGUUUGAUUGACCAUCCAUGGCUGAGUUCAAUGUUCGAUUUAAGGGAAUCUUGGGUUCCAGCCUACGCACAACAAUUUUUUGCCGCUGGAAUGUCAAGCAGCCAAAGAGCGGAAGGUUCUCAUGAUUUAUUCAAGCAAUACAUAUCAAAGAGAAAUUCGUUGAUGGAUUUCAUAAUAUGA